AUGAAUUCUACAGCUAACCAUACCUAUAAAGAUGACGAUUGUUAUCCUGAUGAUAUUCUACCCAAGCACUUCUUUAUUGUUCUCCAGCUGCUCAUCAUGCUGAUAGGCAUCCCUGCAAACAUUUUUUCUCUGUUUGUUUCUUGUCAUCACAUUAAACAGAAGAAUGAGUUGGGGAUCUAUCUACUAAACUUGGCUCUUUCAGACAUCUGUUUCAUCGCAAGCCUACCAAUAUGGAUUAUAUAUACUAUCAAAGGGUCCUGGAUUCACACCAGCACUAUGUGUACAGUUUGCGUAUUUCUUCUCUUCACCAACUUCUACACUAGUGCCUGGCUACUGAGCUGCAUUGCUGUGGACCGCUACCUUGGUGUGGUUUACCCACUUAGAUUCACUUUUUUUCGAAAGCCCAGUUCAGCUCUCGUGGUCAGUGCUGCUGCAUGGUUAUUGGUAAUCAUAAUGAACAGCUUCAUUAUUUCACCAAAAAGCAUUUAUGAUGAAGAUGCAAUGGUCUGCCUGGAUGUUUACCCUCUGCGCAAAAGGAAUAUAAAUGUAGCCCGGUUUGUUCUAGGCUUCUUCCUACCUGCUGUGGUAGUGGUUUUCUGUUACUGGAGGAUCUGCAAAGAGGUGCAAUCAAACAAGGCUACUUCCUGCUUAGAGAGAAAACGUUUGUUUAGACUUUUGGGAAGUGUAUUAUUAAGUCUCACUCUGUGUUUUGGGCCUCUCCAUGUUGCACUACUGCUAAGGGCUGUCCUGGAGGACUGUAAACCUCCAACUUGGCUUUUCCUACUUAUUCAGAUAGGCAAGGCUCUCUCCAAACUCAACUGCCUGGCUGAUCCAUUUCUAUACUGUUUCAUCACUAGAACUGGUAGGAGCAGCAUUAUUCAGGCAAUAAUGAUGUUAAAGAGGAAGGAAGAAGGAGCCACAAUGACACAGUGA